AUGGGCAGCGGGGAGGGUGGGGGAGGCCGUGGCAGGGGGCAGGGCAGCUGGGACGGAAGGGGCUGGGGGCCACCGAGGCCUUCUGGCGAACAGCUUCGGUCCCGCCCCGAGGACUUUGUAGGGGGUUCAGGCCGAGCGAUGCCAGGGCAUCGGCACUUCCUGGUCCCCCGAAUUCAGGUGCAUGGGGGCCAAUCUGGGAAGACUUGUAGGGCGAGGACUCUGCACCUGCUUUCCACCCCUCAGCUGCUUUUUGGACUUGCUCAGCUGAUUGGUCGACUUUUCUCCAAAGCAGCCAAGGGCCAAUGUUCGAAGGACACGAUCAUGAUUGGCCCCCGGGGAAAGGACCACUACGGGAAGGAAGAGAAGCUGUGUUCUCAUCCGGCUUACCCCACGGGAGUAAACAAAUACAUAAACGAAAUUGUUCAGGCCUAUUCCCUGGUGGAUUCCAGUCAAGUGUCUACAUUUCUGAUUUCCAUUCUACUUAUAGUCUAUGGUAGUUUCAGGUCCCUUAAUAUGGACUUUGAAAAUCAAGAUAAGGAGAAAGACAAUAGCAGUUCUACUGGGUCUUUCAAUGGCAACAGCACCAAUAAUAGUAUCCAAACUAUUGACUCUACCCAGGCCCUAUUCCUUCCAAUUGGAGCAUCUGUCUCUCUCCUAGUAAUGUUCUUCUUCUUUGACUCCGUUCAAGUAGUUUUUACAAUAUGUACAGCAGUUCUUGCCACAAUAGCUUUUGCUUUCCUCCUUCUCCCGAUGUGCCAGUAUUUAACAAGACCCUGUUCACCUCAGAACAAGAUUUCCUUCGGUUGCUGUGGGCGUUUUACUGCUGCUGAAUUACUGUCAUUCUCUCUGUCUGUCAUGCUCGUCCUUAUCUGGGUUCUCACUGGCCAUUGGCUUCUCAUGGAUGCCCUGGCCAUGGGUCUCUGUGUCGCCAUGAUCGCCUUUGUCCGCCUGCCCAGCCUCAAGGUCUCCUGCCUGCUUCUCUCAGGGCUUCUAAUCUAUGAUGUCUUUUGGGUGUUUUUCUCCGCCUACAUCUUCAAUAGCAAUGUCAUGGUGAAGGUGGCCACACAACCGGCUGACAAUCCCCUUGACGUUCUAUCCCGGAAGCUCCACCUGGGGCCCAAUGUUGGGCGUGAUGUUCCUCGCCUGUCUCUGCCUGGAAAACUGGUCUUUCCCAGCUCCACCGGCAGUCACUUCUCUAUGUUGGGCAUUGGGGACAUCGUGAUGCCUGGACUCCUGUUGUGCUUUGUCCUUCGUUACGACAACUACAAAAAACAAGCCAACGGUGACUCCUGCGGUGCCUCUGGACCCGCCAAUAUCUCUGGACGCAUGCAGAAGGUCUCCUACUUUCACUGCACCCUCAUUGGAUACUUUGUAGGUCUGCUCACCGCUACUGUGGCAUCUCGCAUUCACCGAGCAGCCCAGCCUGCCCUUCUCUAUUUGGUGCCAUUUACCUUAUUGCCACUCCUCACGAUGGCCUAUUUAAAGGGUGACCUUCGGCGGAUGUGGUCUGAGCCAUUCCACUCCAAGUCCAGCAGCUCCCGAUUCCUGGAAGUAUGA